GGGCUCUACAUAACCCGGAUGACGCUGAGCUUCCGGGGUCUGUAGCUGGAGCGGAGGAAGAGCGGGAUCAGCUGAACUACAGAAGAAAUUAAAAUAUUUUCCUGAAAUUCAUCACCAACAACCAGGAUAUUUAACUAAGAGCAAAGUUAAACUACUGAAAGAGGUAAAGCAGAAGCCUUCCUGAAGUUUCUCCAGAACACGCAGAAAUUGUUUGCUACAUUUAAAAGACAAAUGAAGCCAAGUCCCGACAUGGAGAAACAUCAGCACUCUGUCAAGAGUUUUACUAAACAGAGUAAUCUCAAAAAACACCAGCGCAUUCACACAGGAGAGAGACCGUAUCACUGCUCAGACUGUGGGAAGAGUUUUACUACCCAGAGUGAUCUCAAAAAACACCAGCGCAUUCACACAGGAGAGAAACCAUAUCACUGUCCAGACUGUAGGAAGAGUUUUAUUACACAGAGUAAACUUAAAAUACAUCAGCGCAUUCACACAGGAGAGAAACCGUAUCACUGCUCAGACUGUGGAAAGAGUUUUAAUCAACAGAGUGAUCUCAAAAAACACCAGCGCAUUCACACAGGAGAGAAACCUUAUUACUGCUCAGACUGUGGGAAGAGCUUUAAUCGACUGGAGACUGUCAAACGGCAUCAGCGCAUUCACACAGGAGAGAAACCGCAUCACUGCUCAGACUGUGGAAAGAGUUUUAAUCAACAGAGUGAUCUCAAAAAACACCAGCGCAUUCACACAGGAGAGAAACUGCAUCACUGCUCAGACUGUGGGAAGAGUUUUAAUCAACAGAGUGAUCUCAAAAAACACCAGCGCAUUCACACAGGAGAGAAACCUUAUUACUGCUCAGACUGUGGGAAGAGCUUUAAUCAACUGGAGACUGUCAAACGGCAUCAGCGCAUUCACACAGGAGAGAAACCGCAUCACUGCUCGGACUGUGGGAAGAGUUUUACUGAACAGAGUACUCUCAGAAAUCACCAGCGCAUUCACACAGGAGAGAAACCGUAUCACUGCUCAGACUGUGGGAAGAGUUUUACUACACAGAGUGAUCUCAAAAAACACCAGUGCAUUCACACAGGAGAGAAACCAUAUCACUGCUCAGACUGUGGGAAGAGUUUUACUAAACAGAGUAAUCUCAAAAGUCACCAGCGCAUUCACACUGGAGUAAAACCAUAUCACUGCUCAGACUGUGGGAAGAGUUUUACUAAACAGAGUGAUCUCAAAAAACACCAGCGCAUUCACACAGGAGAGAAAAAUGUCCCAAAUUUGUCCCAUGGCAAUUAAAAGCGCAAAUCAUAAAUUCCACCAGAAACAAAUAUGAACUGUAUUUAACAAUGGAUUUUACAGGUUCAGCGAAACUAUUCUUAUCCAGGGAUGAUGUGUAUAGAAUUCCAUGUUAUGUUUGUAUGUCUUGUAAGUUUGAAUAUUCCAGGACAUUCUUUGUGAGACAGAGCUCAGUUUUUAGGUUAGUUACUGUUGUGCAGUAAGGUUACAGGCUCAUUCACUCCCUCUGCUGGUGUUCUUGUUUGUCUAUGGUUCAGUCCAAUUAAAAAUCUGUUACUAUAGAGGGAUAUAGAGGGAUAUUUGGUUGUGUUGUAUUACUCAAGUUUUAUACUCUCUUAUCUUUUCCUUAUUGAAUAUUAAAUGUUGCUUAUGGUUUUUUUAAUCUCCAAAGUUACUAAGAAUAUCCAAAUAAUGUAGUUUCUUAAUUGUUUUUAUCCAGUACAAACUAUUAUCUUUGUAUUGCUUCACCUCUAUAUUUACCCAUGUGUGUUUUAAUAAACAGCUUUUAUAUUGCA